AAUGUUUCACUAGUCCGUGGUCAGAGUUCGCUGCGGCAAAAAGGAGGUGUGUGAAUAAAUCGGGUUUUUUGGUGGAAAAUUUGGCGAGAAAAUUGUGUGAAUUUGUGAAAAUUGAGUAAUAGCUUGCUCCAAGUGGAUUACUUGAUAGCUGUAAUGGCCCAAGACGCCGUGGAUGUACCCCAGAAUGUGCCGGAAAGCCAAAAAACAAAAAUCGAUGAGAGCGAAACAGUGAAAGCCGUUCCGGAGCAAAAUGGCAAGAAAAAAGGAAGUAACGGCAAAAAGAAACAAGAUGGGAAGGCGUCAAAGGAUACGUCACCGGAAGCUGUUAAUGGGCACGAUGAAGCUCUGGCAAGUAAUGGUCAUCACGAGGGGAAGAGCGGUGAAGGGGAAUCAUCAGAGGAGGGUCUUGAAUUAAUUCAAGAUUCCGGGUUUACGGUGCAAAUUAUAAGUCCCGGAGCUGAGCCAUUGUCCAUUCAAGUGUCCAGCAUGGAGCUCGUGCAGGAGAUCCAUCAGCUGCUGAUGGAUCGUGAGGAUACGUGCCACAGGACGUGCUUCUCACUGCAGCUGGACGGUGUGACGUUGGAUAAUUUUGCAGAAUUGAAAAAUGUGAAGGGACUCAAGGAUGGGAGUGUGCUGAAGGUGGUUGAGGAGCCGUACACAAUGCGUGAGGCUAGAAUUCACGUACGUCAUAUACGGGAUCUACUCAAGUCAAUCGAUCCAGCUGAUGCCUACAAUGGGCUCGAUUGUUGCUCCCUGACCUUCCUCUUGCACAUAACUCAAGGGGAUUUGUUGGAGAAGAAGAAAACUCGUCCGGAGAGUGUUGAUUGUACACCCCCGGAUUACAUUAUGCCCAAGACAAAGGAGAGGCCACUUCUUCCGCUACAGCCGGGUGUUAAGGGUGCAAAGACGACACAGGCAUUGAAAAUUCUCACAACAAGUGCGUGGAAUCCACCACCGGGACCGAGAAAACUUCAUGGGGAUCUCAUGUAUUUGUAUGUUGUUACAAUGGAGGAUAAGCGUUAUCACAUUUCAGCAUGUCCACGUGGUUUCUACGUCAAUCAAUCCACGGAUGAUGUGUUCAACCCAAAACCCGACAACCCAAGCUUCCUAUCGCAUUCGCUGGCUGAUCUCCUGUCGCAAUUAUCACCCACAUUUAAGCGUGCCUUCCCGCAGAUGCAGAAGAAACGCACACAAAAGCAUCCAUUUGAGCGCAUUGCAACACCAUAUCAAACGUACGCGUGGUGUGCCCCCCAGCAGGAGCAUACAAUUGAUGCAAUUCGUGCUGAAGAUACAUUCUCCAGUAAAUUGGGGUAUGAAGAGCACAUCCCGGGGCAGACGCGUGAUUGGAAUGAGGAGAUACAGACAACGCGUGAGCUACCACGAAAGAAUCUCCCGGAGCGUCUCUUGCGUGAACGGGCAAUCUUCAAGGUUCACAGUGAUUUUGUCACGGCGGCCACAAGGGGUGCAAUGGCGGUGAUUGAUGGGAAUGUCAUGGCCAUUAAUCCGGGGGAAGAGACAAAGAAUCAAAUGUAUAUUUGGAAUAAUAUUUUCUAUUCACUCGGUUUCGAUAUACGUGAUCACUACAAAGAUCUCGGGGGUGAUGCUGCGGCUUUUGUGGCACCACGAAAUGAUCUGCACGGUGUUCGAGUUUACAGUGCAGUGGACAUUGAGGGGCUCUACACACUUGGGACUGUUGUUAUUGAUUACAGGGGCUAUCGUGUUACAGCACAAUCCAUCAUCCCGGGUAUUCUGGAGAAGGAACAAGAACAGAGUGUUGUGUAUGGAUCAAUUGAUUUUGGUAAGACUGUCAUAACGCAUCCGCGUUAUUUGGAGCUUCUCAACAAAGCGAGUCAGCACCUUAAGAUUCUCCCGCAUGAGGUGCUCAAUGAGAAGGACGAAGCCGUUGAGCUGUGCUCAUCCGUUGAAUGCAAAGGGAUCAUUGGCAAUGAUGGUCGUCACUAUAUCUUGGAUUUGCUAAAGACUUUCCCACCAGAUGUGAAUUUUCUCAAAUUAGAUGAGAAGUUGAGUGAGGAGAUUUCUGCUUUGGGCUAUCCCAUUGAGCAAAAGCACAAACUUAGUUGUUUGAGGCAGGAAUUGUUGGAUGCCUUUGUUGAUGAUCGCUAUGUUACGUUUAUUAAGCAUGCGGCAUAUCAUCUGCAACAGCUCAAUGCUGCCAAGAAGGCUGCUGUUGUUGAGGGUGGUGGUAAGCAAGUUCAGCCAAGUGAGAAGGAUAGAAAGGAGGAGAAAGAAGUGAAGGAUAAGAAGGAGGAGAAGGAGGAAGGGAAGCCCAAAGAGGAGGAAAUGCCAGCGGUGAAGGUUGAGACAAAUAAUAAUGUCAAAUCGGAAGGGUCACGAAUGGAGGAGGCCGUGAAGAUGAUGGAAACAAUGUCUGAGGGUAUUAUCCCGGAGAAACUUGCCACAGAUUCGAGGGAUGUGGUUAAGAAGGCGUGUACAGCUGUGGGGAGUCUCAAAGAGACUGAAUUCGAUAUACGUUUCAAUCCGGAUGUCUUCUCACCCGGGAUACGGCAUGUGGACAACCAGGAAGCGGCAAAUUCGCUGAAAAAACAAAAGCAACUCGUAAAGGAUGCUGCGGAAUUUUUGGUACUGAAGCAAAUCCCGGCUUUUGUGCAGGAUUUCCUUGAUCAUGCUUCAGCACCAAUGGAUGGGAAUACACUGACGGAGGCCCUCCAUGCGAGGGGAAUAAAUAUUCGUUACCUCGGAAGGGUGGCAAUGAAGUUGUCGCAGGUGAAGUCCCUCGAGUACCUGCAUACGAUUGCAGUGUCAGAAUUGAUUCUCCGUGCGACGAAGCACAUUUUUACGGCCUACAUGCAAAAUUGCGAAAUGAUUUCAAUGGCACUCGCCAUAUCGCACUUCCUUAAUUGUUUCCUCGCAUCGGGGGUGAUUGCAACACCCCCUGUGGGCUUGGAUGAACUGCAAAAGGUGCAAAAGCGACGGAAUCGUCGACGAAAUGGGAAACAUGCAUGCCCCGUGGGGGUGGAUAAUCUCGAGUGGGCACAGCUCACGCAAAAGAGUCUCUGGCAGCAAAUUCGUCGUGAACUUAAGACGUACUGGGAUUGGGAUUUAUCAUGUGACAAUGUUGAUGGAGCUGUGGAGAUGUACAAGUUGCAAAAAGUUGGACUUUUGCGGGCAUUUUGCCUGAAGGUUGGCCUGCAGAUUCUUCUGCGUGAAUACAAUUUUGAUAGUCGUCACCGGGCCAUCUUCCACGAGGAUGACAUUCUCAAUGUUUUCCCCGUGGUGAAGCACAUUAAUCCCCGCGCGAGUGAUGCGUACAAUUUCUACACAACGGGACAGACAAAGAUACAGCAAGGGUGCUUCAAGGAGGGCUACGAACUCAUCUCGGAGGCACUAAAUCUCCUCAAUAAUGUCUACGGGGCACUACAUCCGGAGAAUGCGCAAUGUUUGAGGAUGUUGGCACGACUUAGCUACAUUAUGGGUGACCCACAGGAGGCAUUAACCAUCCAACAGAGGGCUGUACUGAUGAGUGAACGCGUCAAUGGCAUCGAUCAUCCAUACACAAUCUCCGAAUACACUCACCUAGCUCUGUAUUGCUUUGCCAAUAGUCAGAUUAGUACUGCCCUGAAACUCCUCUAUCGUGCCCGCUAUUUGGCUCUCAUGAUCUGUAGUGAUGAUCAUCCGGAUAUUGCCCUCCUUGAUAGCAACAUAAGCUUGAUUUUGCACGCUGUGGGUGAAUAUGAGCUCUCCCUGCGCUUCCUGGAACACGCUCUAGCGCUCAAUAUAAAGUAUUUCGGUGAGAAAUCCCUCAAAGUUGCCGUGAGUUAUCAUCUUGUGGCACGAACACAGAGCUGCAUGGGGGAUUUUAGGUCAGCAUUGAAUAAUGAGAAGGAGGCCUAUGCCAUUUAUAAGCAACAAUUUGGGGAGCAGCAUGAAAAGACACAGGAAUCCAGUGAAUGUCUCAAGCAUCUAACGCAACAAGCGGUUGUGCUGCAAAAGAAGAUGAAUGAUAUCUAUUCAAAUGGGAAACUCACCACGGGUCUACCGCCCAUUCACAUUCAACCACCAUCAAUGGGUUCCGUCCUGGAGAUGUUGAAUGCCAUUAAUGGGAUUCUUUUUGUUCAGAUAAGCCCCAAAGACAUUGUGAAUCUGAAGAAUGAGAUUGAGAAGCGUCAGAGGGUGACUGAUGGUGUGCUGGGGGAGCAACAGGAGGAGAUUGAGAGGAUUAUUUCGACAAAUAAGCAAGAUGAAGUGCCACAGUCGUCAUCAACAACCACAAUAACCACAACAACAGCAGCUACAGACCCAACAGAGGGUGCAACAGCAGCUGCGGAAUGCCCAAUGGCAAAUCACGUGGAUGCCAUUAAGGUGGAGCCUGUGAGCUGAACUAUCACACAAUGAGGUGCAACGGGCUUUGAUGGCGACGUGCUGCCAACAACAAAAAAUUAAAAAAAAAAAAUGGAACUCAGCCAUCAAAGCGCAGCAUAAAAAUUGUUCAAUAGUUUUUAGUGAUUAAUUAAUCAAACCACAACAUAAAUGGAGGUUUUCUGCGGGGGGUGUAUGUGUGUGGGGUGUGUGCGUAUGGAAAAUAAUAAGCAUUUUCGGCAAAUUUUCCAUCAAACACAAUUUUUUUGCAAUGUAACUUUGCAAAAAAAAACUCGGCGUAGUCAUGUGAAAUUUAAUUGAUCAAUUUAUAAAAUAAAUUAGAAUUGUGGGAUUUUGCCUACUUUUUUUUUCUAGAUUCUCCUUCAUUUUCAUUAUUUUAGGGAUUAUUAUUUAGAAAUUUUCUGUGAAAUAGGGUUUUUUUUUUGCCUUGUUUGUGAAUGAAUUUUUUUUUUUCAUAUAAAAUACGAAUGGAAUAUUCAACCAAAAAAAAAAAACAUAAGAAAGCAUAAAUGCAAUUGUACACCACUAUUCUAUAUAAUUAGGGUAAUAUUUUACUCUAUGUAAUCAUGUUGAAAAAUAUUUGAUUUAUAUUGAAAAUCGAAUAAAAUAUGCAAAAUUA